AUGUCUAUUAUUCAGGAUGAGCUGGUGCUGAUGCGAGCGCUGCAUCCAGAGUGUGCGGUGGUGCUGAUGGUGGUGAUGGUGAUGGGAGAACUCCAGAGGUCAUGCUCGCGGACUGUGGCGGAGAAAGUUAGUGAACAAUGCCAGCUGGCAUGCCACUGUCGAAGAUACCCUCCUCUCCCUCCACCUCCGCCUCCGCCGCCGCCUCCACGGCUACUGGGCGCCACAGUGGCAGAGCCCAUGGUGCCCUUGUUGAGGCCCUGGUGGAUGGAGCUGGACUUUAUAGUGCUCGGGACGGUUGGCUGUGCCUCCGUGGUUUUCCUCCUCUCAGCCAUCAUCAUCUGCUACAAGGCCAUCAAGAGGAAACCACUGCGAAAAGAAGAGAACGGUACGAGUCGCGGGGAAUAUGCCAUGAGCAUCCGUAACAAGAAGGCCAUGGGAACAAACAACACUGUGGUAUAG